AUGCUUGCGAAUAGUGGUCCCAUUGCUUCCGAGCUUCACAUUCCGUACAGUGAAACAGUGCCAUGUUCAACCGCGACAAUAACCGAUCCACCGUUAAACAACAGACCGCUCUCGCCGAGAAAGUUCUUCGAGCGGCUUUACGGUCAUCUCGAGCGGGAUAAUCGUACCAAAGAUGCUAAUUGUAGUGAAGAAAUACGGCCGGCCAUCAUACGCAGCGACCCAAACGAUAUUUUAACAAAGGCUAGUGAUGCAUGUGCACUUAUCGAAACCCACCAUUCUAGUGAUUCGCAAAAAUCCGUGUCAGUGAACAGUUCCAUCAACUCCACCAGUCCACGAUCGUCUCUGGCGGUCGAUAUUGAGGAAGAUUCUUCCCAGGAUCCCAGCUUUGCGUCACUUCGGCCACUGUCCGACCGACAUACGGCCGGUCCACACCAGUACGGACCUUCACCAGGUUAUUCACACCCCAGGACAGGUGGAGAAAAUUAUGGAUUGUUGGCCGUAACAACACAGCCCUCCAUUUUACCGGGACCCGCGCAGCAUCUGCCCCAACAGGGCAACAUCUCCUUAACCGGUGUGUCACAGCGCCAACCCGGUGUAUCCGUUUCGACGUUCUUUCCACAUACGGGUGGUUAUGGAGGGUCUUCGUUCCGACCGUUUUUUGGAAUUGCACAUGACGGAACGCAACUGCCGGCGGGGUUAUCUGCAUUUUUGGCCCGCCGCAGAAAAAAGGAAGGACGCCCAAGACGCCAACGCACUACAUUUAGCAGCGAACAAACCUUAAGACUCGAGGUGGAAUUUCAUCGAAACGAGUAUAUUUCCCGAGGCAGAAGGUUCGAACUAGCAGAGGUGUUGAAGCUUUCCGAAACACAAAUUAAAAUAUGGUUCCAGAAUCGCAGAGCGAAAGACAAACGUAUUGAAAAAGCACAAAUUGAUCAGCAAUAUCGGACAUUUGCCGCCGUAAAUGGGCUACUCACCCCGUUUAGUACACAAUAUCCCCCAGGAUUGAUUGCUACGCAACAGCAACCUCAUCACCAGCUCCCUGUUCACCACAGCCAGCCACAACCACAGACAGCGCAAACGUUUGCAUCGAACAGCACUUUGCAUCAUCGGUCGGAUCAUUCUAAUUCGGAACCUAAGCGAUAUCAGGAACACCACGGUCCUCGCAUUGAUGGCGACAGUGACAAGGAGCAAUCUAAAAGAUAA